AUGCUGGCCGCCUCCGUCGUCCGUCGGGCCCUGCUGCUCUGCUGGCUCGCUGCCCCGCGGCCCGCCGGGCCCGAGCCCCUUUUCCACAGCCGGGACCGCUCGGACGCGGAGCCCGCCCCGCUGCGCCGGGCGCAGCCCAUCGCGGACCCCGUCGCUGCGCAGCCCGAGGUCGCCGCGCCCCGCGGGGGGACCCGGGCCUUCGCCAAGAGGACGCUGACCUGGCGGCUGCUGGGGGAGGGCGCCAGCGGGCAGCUGGCCGUGGACGAGCAGAGGCACAUCCUCAGGCUGGCCUUCCGGAUGUGGAGCGAGGUGAUGCCGCUGGACUUCCGGGAGGACCUCGCCGCCCCCGGAGCCGCCGUGGACAUAAAGCUGGGUUUCGGACGAGGCCGGCACCUGGGCUGUCCUCGGGUUUUCGAUGGCAGCGGGCAGGAGUUUGCACAUGCCUGGCGCCUGGGCGACAUCCACUUUGACGAUGAUGAACACUUCACACCUCCCACCAGUGACGCGGGCAUCAGCCUUCUCAAAGUGGCUGUCCAUGAAAUUGGCCACGUACUCGGCCUGCCUCACACCUACAGGACAGGAUCCAUAAUGCAACCGAAUUACAUCCCCCAGGAGCCUGUGUUUGAGUUGGACUGGUCAGACAGAAAAGCAGUUCAAAAGCUGUAUGGUUCAUGUGAAGGAUCAUUUGAUACUGCAUUUGACUGGAUUCGCAAAGAGCGAAACCAACAUGGAGCCGUGAUGAUGCGAUUUAGCACCUACUUUUUCCGCAAGAGCUGGUACUGGCUUUACGAAAAUCGAAAUAACCGGACGCGCUACGGGGAUCCUAUCCAAAUCCUCCGUGGCUGGCACGGAAUCCCAACACAAAACAUCGACGCUUUUGUCCACCUCUGGACAUGGAGAAGAGACGAACGUUAUUUUUUUAAAGGAAAUCAGUACUGGAGAUAUGACAGUGACAAGGAUCAGGCCUACACAGAAGAUGAACAAGGAAGAAGCUACCCCAAAUUGAUUUCAGAAGGAUUUCCUGGCAUCCCAAGUCCCCUGGACACUGCCUUUUAUGACCGAAGAAAGCAGUUAAUUUACUUCUUCAAAGAGUCCCUCGUGUUUGCAUUUGAUGUCAACAGAAAUCGAGUACUUGAUUCUUAUCCGAUGAAGAUCACUGAAGUGUUUCCGGAAAUAGAGCCAGGGAACCAUCCCUUCAGGAAUAUAGACUCAGCCUAUUACUCCUAUGCACACAACGCCAUUUUCUUUUUCAAAGGCAAUGCAUAUUGGAAAGUAGUUAGCGACAGGGACAGACAACAGCAUUUUUGGCUUCCUUCAAAUGGCUUAUUUCCGAAGCAGUCGAUUUCAGAGCGGUGGUUUGACAUUUGUGACGUCCAUACCUCCACCCUGAACAUGUAAUGAGAAAAACGGGCAAACGGGAGUCAAAGGAUUUCUAAGAGAAAGUCUGAUUUCUUUUACAAAGAAAACAAACCAGAUUUUUAGUAACCAAAUAAGGCUAAA